AGGGGGGGACCGCAGGGAGGCUCAGCAUGAGUGCCAGGGAGAGCCAGUGCCACGCUGACCAACGGCUAGCCAAGAGACGUGCGGAGUGGCAGUGUGAGGUUUCUCGCCUCGACUGCAAUAUUGUUCCGAGUUAACUGAUUCUUCGCAGGGUUCCAGGAUGGUAUUAGGCAUAGCGGGCGCCCUCGCAGGCCUGGUGAAGGUGCGCUAUUCCCACACCUACGUGGACAGCCAAGUCUUCCGCUUCCACUACCACUGGACCUCCGCCUUCUGCUUCCUGGCCUGUGUCCUCGUCACGGCGGCGGACUUCGUAGGGGAUUCGAUCCUGUGUCUUGACGGGUUCGAGGAGGCGCCCAAACCCGUCACGACCUACUGCUGGGUGCUGUCCACUUUCACCAUCAACUCGACCAGACCUGGUCUCGGAGGCCUCGGCAACUACAAUCCUCAGAACCACGAGAAAAGGAUCCAUGGAUAUUAUCAGUGGGUUCCGCAUGUCCUCUUCCUACAGGGCAUCCUCUUCUACCUCCCUCACUUGGUUUGGAAGUCCUACGAAGGGAAGCAAGUGGACCAGCUCCUGCAAGGCCUCAACAAGAGUCUCUUUGACGACGAUGAAGAGCAAAAGAAGAAGAAUAUCAUCGAGUACCUCUCUGAAUCGUGGGGUCUGAACAACCGAUAUGCCUUCGGUUACCUUGGGUGCGAGCUUCUCAACUUCGGCAAUGUGCUGGGCCAGAUGUUCCUCAUGGACCGUUUCUUGGGCGGCUUCUUCAUGCACUAUGGGACGAAGGUGAUCCAAUUCCUGUUUUCCAACGACAUUGCGCGGACCGACGCUCUGUACGAGGCCUUCCCCCGCCAGGCCAAGUGCACGUUCCACCAGUACGGAGCUUCGGGAACGAUCAAAAGGCUGGACUACCUGUGCAUCCUCCCGCAGAACAUUGUUAACGAGAAGGUGUUCCUCGUCAUGUGGUUCUGGUUCGUGGUGCUGCUGACGCUCUCGGCCAUGCAGCUGAUCUGGCAGCUGCUGGUCCUGUACAGCCCCCUGCUGCGCCUCCGCCUGGUGGAGAGCCACGCCAAGGGCAAGCUCUCCCCCCGGUCCGAGCAGGUGAUCCGGGGCAUGCACGCGGGGGACUUCUGCCUCCUGGAAGCCCUGGGCCGCAACCUGAACCCCCUGGCCUUCCGGGACGUCCUCAACGGCAUCACCGAGGCCGGGCAUCGGUACCUGGCCAGCGCCCCGGGCCUGGGCACGUACCGGCCGCGGGACCCCUCCGCCCCCGCCGCCGAGAAACUCUACCCGACGCUGCCCCAUAGCUAGGGGGGAGAAUUGGGCGUGGGAUGGUGGGUGGAUGUGGGCGGGGCAAUGGGCGUGGGUGUGGAUUGUGUGUGUUGAGUGCGGGUGUAAAAAGGAAAGGCUGGCUUGAUGCUUGCUGUAAUCUCGUUUCGUUUAAGCAUAGUUGUAAUUCAAUAAAUAAUGAUUCUA